CGCGCCCCGGACGCCCGCCAUGUUUUAGUGUCCCAAGUGUAAUGCCGAAAGUACUACUUAUCCUGCUUGCCAUGGUCGUCGUUGCGUCGGCGCUGCCGUCGCCGACGACGGCCGACGACGACGACGACGAGGACGACACGACGCCCUCGUCGUCGGACGACGGCCGCAUAUAUAAGAACCCGCGGAACUCGCCGUCGGCGCAGUGUCCCAGGGACGAGGAACAAGCCACAUUGCUGCGUCAGAAAUGUCUACGCAAGUGCUCGUCCGACGAAGAUUGCAAGAGCAAGAAGAAGAAGUGUCUCUGCGACGGCGCCUGCGGUAUGUCCUGCAUCAAGCCAGAUCGCGAAUGUCCGGAGCUCGAGCAGCCAGAAAACGGAAAGGUGGCAGUCACCGGCAGGUUCUUCGGUGAUAAGGCUGUGUACACGUGCACGCACGGUUUCCACGUGGUGGGGCUGGCCAGCCGGAGCUGCCAGGCCGACGGCUCCUGGGCCGGCAUGCCGCCAGCCUGCAAGAAGAAUAUCUACUGCCUGCAACCCCCCACCAUCUCGCACGCCCGCCACUCGGCGCUGCCCGAGCAGGCGACCUUCGACCUCGACGCCACCGUGCAGUACCACUGCCACACCGGCUACGUGACCAACGGGUUCCCCAGGGCCAAGUGUCUGGCCAUCGACAACCAGGCCUCGUGGUACGGCCCGGACAUCAGCUGCGAGCCCCGCUCCUGCGGCGAGCCCGGCGACGUCCCCCACGGCUGGGUAACCGCCGACUGCCACACGUUCGGGUGCCGCGCCGUCGUGCAGUGCGGGCAGGGCUUCGAGCUGGUGGGCAAGGCCGAACGCUACUGCCAGGCUGACGGCGCCUGGGCACCCAAGGAGCUGCCGACCUGCGUCCAAGGAGGAGAGAAGGGGACAGAUUGAGUCGAUCAUAACAUUACGUAGUGUGUUUAAUGAAACAUAUUUGUGAUCAUUAUAUUAUAUACUUGUUGUCGUAUUCAAAUUCUAUGACAGUAGUAACAAUCCUUCUGAAUUUUGUCCGAGUCAAAAUGGCCAUGAUAAAAUUUUACUUAAAAUAGGUCUCUACUGCCCUUAGCUUAUUUAAAACUACAUGUGUGUAGAUCAUUGUAGCAAUGGCUUUAAAUCGAUGUUGAUCGUGCAAGAAUUUACUGUAUAAUAAUUUUAUCUGUACCUUAUU